AUGUCGAAGGCCACUACCUCUGCACUUGAGUUUCGGGUUGUAGCCCGUUGCUCAACGACAAAGGCUCGAGCGGCGAACAUGGUAUUGCCGCAUGGUCCUGUAAACACGCCUGUAUUUAUGCCCGUUGGUACACAGGCAUCAUUAAAAGGUGUUCUUCCAGAACAAUUGGAAAAAUUGGGCUGCCAGAUUAUGUUGAAUAAUACAUAUCACCUCGGUUUGAAACCUGGUCAAAAAGUUCUUGACGCAGUUGGAGGUGCUCAUCGAUUCCAAACAUGGACUCGAAACAUUCUCACUGACAGUGGUGGCUUCCAAAUGGUAUCCUUGCUCAAGCUGGCUACCAUUACGGAGGAAGGUGUAAAGUUUCUGUCCCCGGAUGACGGUUCGCCAAUGCUGCUUACACCCGAGCAUUCCAUGUCCCUUCAAAACUCCAUUGGUUCCGAUAUUAUGAUGCAGCUGGACGAUGUCGUCCACACGCUCACGGGACCGGAACGCAUGGAAGAGGCCAUGUACCGUUCCAUUCGCUGGCUUGACCGCUGUAUUAAGGCGCACAAAAAACCCGAGACUCAGAACUUGUUUUGCAUUAUUCAAGGUGGCCUUGACAAACGGUUACGUGAGAUUUGCUGCCGUGAAAUGAUAAAGCGGGAUACCCCUGGAAUCGCUGUUGGCGGUUUGUCUGGAGGUGAAGAGAAAACAGCGUUCUGUGAAGUUGUGAAUACAUGCAGCGAUUUGCUUCCCCAAAACAAACCGAGAUAUCUUAUGGGUGUGGGCUAUGCAGAAGAUUUAGUGGUCUGUGUCGCCCUGGGAAUGGAUAUGUUCGAUUGUGUUUAUCCUACUCGAACGGCUCGGUUUGGUAACGCAAUUACACGAUACGGUAAUAUGAACCUCCGCAACCAUAAGUACAAGUUCGACGAACAACCGUUGGAAAAGGACUGUCAAUGUCCAUGCUGUUUGCCAAAGGAGAAAAACGGUUGGGGCAUUUCACGUGCCUUCUUCCACAGCACAGUUUCCAAAGAGACUGCUGCUGCUCACCUUAUGACCAUUCAUAAUGUUCAUUACCAAUUAAACCUUAUGCGCGAAAUGCGUCAAGCAAUCAUUGAUGAUACAUUCCCGGCUUUUGUGAAACGCUUCUUCAAUGACAAAUAUGAAGGUGACAAGACCAAGUAUCCUUCAUGGGCUGUUGGCGCCUUGCGUACUGUGAACGUCGAUUUGUUGGAAUAAACAGGGCUAUUCGAACCAAUGAUUGUAACUUAUUUUUGUGUUGGAUUUUUUAUGCUUCAUUUAUCAGAUUGAAGCAAACCUUUACUAGAUUAUUCGUUUAUAUAGAUACAAAUGUAUUAUUGUUUUUUUUUUGGCAUUUUUGCGCCAACUAA